GCGAGCGGAACUUUCCAGAAAACUCGGCGAGAAGCGGAGGGCAGCUGCUGGCACUGCCCGAGCUCAACGCACUAGAACUCGCGCCCCCCUCCCCCAGUCCUCUCUUUUUCCACUCCAUCCCCCAACAUCCCAACCGGCUGCUGGGCAGUCCUCUCUCACCCCACCCCGGACGGGCAUUUCGACACCGGGUGUACCGCGAGCGUCGCUCCCCGGCUAUAAAAAAUGGUGAAGGAAACUACUUAUUAUGAUGUUUUGGGGGUAAAGCCCAAUGCCUCCCAGGAAGAACUAAAAAAGGCAUAUAGAAAAUUAGCCUUAAAAUAUCACCCAGAUAAGAAUCCAAAUGAAGGAGAAAAGUUCAAGCAGAUUUCUCAAGCUUAUGAAGUGCUUUCUGAUGCAAAGAAGAGAGAUUUAUAUGACAAAGGUGGAGAACAAGCCAUCAAAGAGGGUGGUUCUGGUGGUGGCUUUGGUUCUCCAAUGGAUAUCUUUGAUAUGUUUUUUGGAGGAGGUGGAAGAAUGCAAAGGGAACGGAGAGGUAAAAAUGUUGUUCAUCAGUUGUCGGUGACCUUAGAAGAUUUAUAUAAUGGUGCAACAAGAAAACUGGCUUUGCAAAAGAAUGUAAUUUGUGAUAAAUGUGAAGGACGGGGUGGUAAGAAAGGAGCUGUAGAAUGCUGUCCCAAUUGCAGAGGUACUGGAAUGCAAAUAAGAAUUCAUCAGAUAGGACCUGGAAUGGUUCAGCAAAUUCAAUCAGUUUGCAUGGAAUGCCAAGGGCAUGGGGAACGAAUCAGCCCUAAAGAUAGAUGUAAAAGCUGUAAUGGAAGGAAAAUUGUUAGAGAGAAGAAGAUCCUGGAGGUUCAUAUUGACAAAGGUAUGAAAGAUGGUCAGAAGAUAACAUUCCAUGGUGAAGGUGACCAGGAACCAGGACUUGAGCCAGGAGAUAUUAUCAUUGUUUUGGAUCAGAAGGACAAUGCUAUAUUUACACGACGAGGUGAGGACCUUUUCACAUGUAUGGAUAUCCAGUUGGUUGAAGCAUUGUGUGGCUUUCAGAAACCAAUAACAACUCUUGAUAAUAGAACUAUAGUCAUUACUUCUCAUCCUGGUCAGAUUGUUAAACAUGGAGAUAUCAAAUGUGUGCUGAAUGAAGGUAUGCCCAUUUAUCGCCGACCUUAUGAGAAAGGAAUUCUAAUAAUUGAGUUUAAGGUAAACUUCCCAGAGAAUGGCUUUCUUUCAUCAGAUAAGCUAUCUUUGUUGGAAAAAUUACUGCCUGAGAGAAAGGAAGUAGAGGAGACUGAAGAUAUGGAUCAGGUAGAACUGGUGGACUUUGACCCAUCGCAAGAAAGAAGACGCCAUUACAAUGGAGAAGCGUAUGAGGAUGAUGAGCAUCAUCCCAGAAGUGGGGUUCAGUGUCAAACCUCUUAAUGGGGGGCCAGUGAAUAAUCUUAAUUGUAAUGCUGGCUUUUGUAUGCAGUAGUGAAUGAGUGAAGGACUACAGUCAUCUUAACACACUCACUACUAGCUAUUGUUUUUGUUGUAAUACUCAACUAUAGUUGUGUUUUAAAAAGUUAAUAAAAUCAGUAAUAUAAAAUGCUGACUUUGCAAUUUAUGAUGUUCAGUGUGCAAGAUAGUUAAUUAUUUCCUUAUGGUAAAGAAGCCCCCAAGCAUUUUUUCAUCACUUGUACUUUUUGUUUCAAUGUGUAUAUGCAGUGGCUUAGACUGAGGUUUGAUUUUUGAUUGACUAAAUGUACACAAGCAUUUAUAAUUGUUAAGCUCUGAAAUUAAAAUUUUGUACUGAAUUCACCAUCAGAAAACUUUAA